GCAGAUCUCUUAGAUCUAGUUCAGUGUCAGUACUGCGAUGGUAAACACAUGCUGCCUAACAACACUACACUUUUUGCAGUUUGUCUCAGAUCAUCAUGAUUCGUGCAGCUGUGGUUCUCUGGAUCUUAUCAGCAGUGGUCUGUGUGGGAAGAGGUGCUCAUGAUCCAUGCCAUGUCCAAGACACCACAGUGGACCGCUUCAACGAUGGAUCAGCAAUGGUGAUAUUGGCCAACAAAGAGUUUGCCUUCCACCUGUACAGGAAAUUAUCAGGUCUCUCUGACUCCCAAGGCAAAAACAUCUUCUUCUCACCUGUUAGUGUAUCUGUGGCCUUGGCUGCUUUGUCUGUAGGGGCACGAGGAGAGACCCACCAACAGAUUUUCAAUGGUCUGGGUUUCAACAUCUCCCAACUGUCCCAAAGUGAUGUAGACCAGGCCUUUUGUAGUCUCCUUGCAAACACAAGGUCUCAUGAGGACAUCAGUGCAGGUACUGCUGUGUUUGUAGACAACCUGUUCAAACCUCAGCCUGAGUUCCUGGAUGCCUUAAAGCAGUCUUAUUUAUCAGAGGGCUUCAGUGUUGACUUCACCAAAGCUACAGACACUGCCAAAACCAUCAAUAAGUAUGUUUCAGAUAAGACCAGUGGAAAGAUCGACAAGCUGGUCGACAGCCUGGAUCCAAGCACAGUCAUGUAUCUCCUCAGCUACAUUUACUACAAAGGAACGUGGUCAGCACCACUUGACCCUACCAUGACCAAGCCGGAUGAGUUUAGUGCGUACAUGAACAAGGUUUCAGUCCAAAUGAUGAAAAUAAAAAAACACUUUUACACUUAUGAGGAAGCAAUUGACACGGGAGUCCUCCACCUUCUCUUGAACAACUCCUUCUCCAUGCUGCUAAUGUUGCCUGGUAAUAUGACAACUCUGGAGAAUGGUAUCAGCUCAGCACAUGUCACCAAAUGGCUGAAGGGGACAGAGUCCAGUGAGUUUGACAUAUAUGUCCCAAAGUUUUCCAUCAAGGCUUCAUACACCCUGAAUGAUGUGUUGAAGGAAAUGGGAAUGACUGACAUGUUUGAUGCAAAUCUGAGUGGUAUUUCAAAGGAUCAAAACCUGACUGUCUCAGAGGUUGUGCACCAAGCUGCCCUGGAUGUUGAUGAAGUUGGAGCCGCUGCUGCUGCUGCUACAGGAAGUGCCAGCACAGUUUAUUUAGGUUCACCGGAACCAGAUUUGAAGUUUGAUCGUCCUUUCAUGUUGAUUAUUAUUGAUAGGUAUACAGAAAACAUAUUUUUUAUGGGAAAAAUUGUCAACCCGAACCUAUGAUAAAGUGUUCAUGUUCAAGAAUAGCUAUUAAAUUUAAAUGUGAAGAUAAUUUAUUUAGUGUUUAAUAU